ACGGACUCCUCCCCCUCCCGCUCUCCUCCCUCUUCCCGGCUCCAGCUCCGCCGCCAGCUCCGGCCUUUGCUCCCCCUCCCAGAGUCCCCUCCCCGGAGCGGAGCGCACCUAGGGUCCCUCUCCCGUCCCCCCAGCCCAGCUACCCGUUCAGACCAGCAGCCUCGGGGGGCACCCCCCCGCCAGCCUGCCUCCCUCCCGCUCAGCCCUGCCAGGGCCCCCCAGCCAUGAAUCUCUUCCGAUUCUUGGGAGACCUCUCCCACCUCCUCGCCAUCAUCUUGCUACUGCUCAAAAUCUGGAAGUCCCGCUCGUGCGCCGGAAUUUCAGGGAAGAGCCAGGUCCUGUUUGCUGUGGUGUUCACUGCCCGAUAUCUGGACCUCUUCACCAACUACAUCUCACUCUACAACACGUGUAUGAAGGUGGUCUACAUAGCCUGCUCCUUCACCACGGUCUGGUUGAUUUAUAGCAAGUUCAAAGCUACUUACGAUGGGAACCAUGACACGUUCAGAGUGGAGUUCCUGGUCGUUCCCACAGCCAUUCUGGCAUUCCUGGUCAAUCAUGACUUCACCCCUCUGGAGAUCCUCUGGACCUUCUCCAUCUACCUGGAGUCGGUGGCCAUCUUGCCGCAGCUGUUCAUGGUGAGCAAGACCGGCGAGGCGGAGACCAUCACCAGCCACUACUUGUUUGCGCUAGGCGUUUACCGCACGCUCUAUCUCUUCAACUGGAUCUGGCGCUACCAUUUUGAGGGCUUCUUCGACCUCAUCGCCAUUGUGGCAGGCCUGGUCCAGACAGUCCUCUACUGCGAUUUCUUCUACCUCUAUAUCACCAAAGGUAGCUGGGAUGUGGGACGGCUGGAAGGGAACCUCCUAUUUCUGCAGCUCCUGCCCUCCCUGGGGACUGGGGUCUCCUUACUCCUGUAUUAUGCAAAGAAGGGAGCAUUUCUUCGCCGGGUUUCUGGGGUGGCAGGCCUACCAUCCUCCUAGGAAUUCAGACCAUUAGCCUCUGCCUCCCUAAGGGCUAAGGAGUUUCUGUCCUUAGCCCCCAUGUCACUUGGAGUGCAGGCCAGGUAGGGCAGGGACUCAGCCCACUGAAAUUCAUUCAUUUAUGCAUGCAACAAACGUAUUGAGUACUUUCUAUGUCCCCAGCCAGGUGCUAGGCUCUGGGGAUACAUUAGGAGGAGAAAAGAUAGACAAAGGCCUCCAUUUCCCUUUUAUUCUGGUGGGGGAGAUGGUGAAUGAACAAGUAAAGAAAGAGAAUUGGUUGGGCAUGGUGGCUCAUACCUGUAAUCCCAGCACUUUGGGAGACUGAGGCAGGGAGAUUUCUUAAGCCUAGGAGUUCCAGAGCAACAUAGCAAGACCCUGUCACUAUAAAAAAUAAAAAAAUAAAAAAAUUAGCUGGGCAUGGUGGUGCAUGCCUGUGGUCCCAGCUCCUUGAGAGGCUGAGGUGGGAGAAUUGCUUGAGGAGGUCGAGGCUGCACGGAGCUGUGACUAUGCCACUGCACUCCAGCCUGGGCUACAGAGUGGGACCUUGUCUCAAAAAAAGAAAGAAAGAAAAUUGCCAGUAGUGGGAAAGGGUAGGAAAGAAAGAAACCAGGAAUGUAUCUGUGAGUCCUGGGGGACCUCCCUCCCUGUGGAUCUGCCCAUCUAGCGUGCCUGCCCUGCUCUGGCUGUGGGAGGCUGUCCCCUCCCUGCAGGGGCCCCAGCGGUAAUGCCCUCCCUGUUUUCUCUCCUCACAGUCCUAAAGGGGAAGAAGUUGAGUUUGCCGGCAUAGCCCCGGUCCUCUCCAUCUCUCUCCUCAGCAGCAGCGGGAGGCAGAGGAAGGCGGCAGAAGAUGAAGAGCUUUCCCAUCCAGGGGUGACUUUUUUAAGAACCCACCUCUUGUGCUCCCCAUCCCGCCUCCUGCCGGGUUUCAGGGGGACAGUGGAGGAUCCAGGUCUUGGGGAGCUCAGGACUUGGGCUGUUUGUAGUUUUUUGCCUUUUAGAGAAGAAAAAAAAAAAUCUUUCCACUCUUUAGUUUUUGAUUCUGAUGACUCGUUUUUCUUCUACUCUGUGGCCCCAAUUUUUAUAAAGUGUUUUUGAGUGUCCUAUGGGCCGGGGCAGGGUCCAAGAUCUUUUCCCUUCCCCAGGCCCCUCGGCUCCCUCCCAGAUCCCACCCCCAGCCCCACUGGUUGCCAAACACUAAAUCUGCCGACACCCAUCUGCCCCACCUCCUGCCAUGGCCAUGAACCGCAACCCCCACUAAAUUUCUAGAUUGGGGAUAGGGAGAAAGGGAGGCCCAGGAAGGUCUCCCCUGAUUUUUUUUCAUAGUAAUUUUUUUCCCCAGAGUUUGAAUUUUUUGGUCUUCUCCUGGUUUUUUGGCAAAUUAGGGGGGCCCGGGGCUCAAGUGCGGGAAGGGGGCUGGCCCAAGGGUCCCAUGGCUCUCACACCAUGUUUUUGUACAGAACUGAUGGUUGAAUCUUUGUUCUCUUGAAAUAAACAGAAGAAAAUGAAA